AUGGCUUUCGGUAACGUAUAUGCAAAUACGCUAGGGUUGCUUAUUAUUUGCGUAGUGGUGUCGCUGGUGUGCUCUGUGUUGUCCUUCUGGGCACUACCAUAUGUUAUUGCAAAGCUUAAUGUGUUUUAUUACUUAUCGUCACUGGUCUUCAUAAAUCUACCUGGUAUCGACAAGUUCUACAUCGCUGGACCUAAAUGUGUUCCUGGUGGGCCGCACUUCUCUUUGACUUUCAAGUACACUGUAUGCUCUAUAGUUGCGAAUAUUGCAAAUUUAACCGGUAUUUGGGUGUUUAAACAUUUCCUAUCAAAGUCCAACUACCGCAAAAUCACGAUCAUUACCACGGUCGUACUCGUACCUUGUGUGUUGCCUGAGGUCAUCAUGCUCAAGCGUUGGAAUGUAAAGAUCGGCAUUCCCGAUCACCUCUUUUACAUUGGUACCAGCACUAUCAUUAUACCACUGAUUAACAUGCUUGCAUGGAUUCCAAUUUCAUUGCUGCUGUCACGUCUGUGCCCGCGCGGCUCCGAGAGCACGGUGUAUGCGCUCAUCACAGGAUUUUCCAAUCUUGGCUACACCACCGGCACCUCGAUAGGUGCCAUCCUGAUGGAGUAUGUGUGGCCCAUCAAAAGUAAUCCGCCGUGUGAUUUCAAGAACGCCGUGAAACUCGUCAUUGUUGGUCACAUCCUCCUGCCGCUCCUGAUCAUCCCGCUGACCCUGUUGCUGCCAAACGUCCGUGUGUCUGACGAUAUCGACAUCGAUGGCAACGUGAUAUCGAAAACGACACAAGAAGAGCCCCAUGUGAAGCCUGGCAAGGACAGCAACAAGGCCCACUGA